AUGGAUCCAUCUCGUCCUUUGGGAUCUUAUGGGCAAAACCCGUCCCAGCAGAAUUCGUCUUCGCAGCAAGCCGGUCCUGUUCUUCCACCACCAGGUGGAUCAUACCACCCUGGUCAAUCAUCAGGACACUCUCUCCCUGGCCUAGCAGACCUAGCACAAGGCCCAGGCGGAUCACAUCAACCAUCUCCAUACGGCCAACAUCCGCAACCUUCACAUGGCGGCGGCCACUCCCUGCCCGGCAUCGGCCAGGCCAUGCAACACCCUUCCCCACAACUCAACCGCGAUCGCGAGCGUGACUCCCGCGAGCGCGAAAUGCUAGAAAGACAGCGACACGAAGACAUGGUACACCGCGAGCGCGAACAACGCGAACGAGAACGGGAACACAUGGAACGUCAGCGCGAACAACAACAGCAACAACAGCAACAUACCGUCCAGAGCCACACAGGCUCAAUCCCGAUCCACCAACCGGUUGCUUCGAAAGUGCAGAACUCUAUUCACGGACCAAAUGGUUUACUUUCGAGUAUUGGUGGAGCUGCUGCUGUUGCCGCUACUGCAGGGAAUCCGCCGCCGCCGCAAGGUUCAUUACAAUCUGGUGGUGGUGGUCCAGCGAGUUUGUUUGGGGCUCAGAUUCCAACGCACCAGGAUAAUGGUCCGAGACCGUAUAUGCAGCAUCCUCAGGGACCCCCGGCGCAACAGUUGUUGGGGUUUAAUGGUGCUGCGCCUGGUCAGAUUCCGGGGAAUGUCGCGGCUUUGGCACAGGGGCAGCAGCCUAUUUUAAAUGACGCUCUGAGCUAUCUCGAUCAGGUCAAGGUCCGCUUUGUGGAGCAGCCAGACGUGUAUAAUCGAUUUUUGGAUAUAAUGAAGGAUUUCAAGAGCCAAGCAAUCGACACACCCGGUGUCAUUCAGCGAGUAUCGAAUCUAUUCACUGGACACCCUGCCUUGAUUCAGGGGUUCAACACUUUCCUACCUCCUGGUUAUCGCAUUGAAUGUGGAACAGACGAUAAUCCAAAUGCCAUUCGCGUGACGACCCCUUCAGGUACAAAUACUCUAUCUAUGGCCACCAGACCUCCUAGAGCAUCUCUCGACUCUGAGGAACUGGGUCAAUCUGCGGCAACACUAGCACCACCAGGCCGAUCCGAUUAUUAUGACCAUUCCAGGCCGAGUUGGCAACAACCACAGCAUGCACCUCAGCCGGGAAUCGCCGGCUCAUAUUCUCCAAAUAGUCGUGUGAUUGGUGGUCUUUACGGUCAGCAAGGAGGCCCGGCCCCAUCUCAAGAACACCACUAUGAGUAUCAGAGCCAGCAGGAGCAGCAAGCAUCUGCAGCCUCCGCGGCUGCACUUCAUCAGCAGGAACAGCGAGGCGUUGCGCAGCUGCAGAAUGCCGCGGCUGUCACAGCUGCUGCCGGUAGAGGAUCGCUAUUGCAGGGAUCUACAGGCACCGCAACUGGCCCUGGUCCUAUGAACAACCUGGCUGGUAUCGGCUCAAAUGUCCUUCAAGGUGCUCAGGCGGAUUUGAACAAGCGUGGGCCAGUCGAGUUCAACCACGCUAUCAGCUAUGUAAACAAAAUAAAGAAUCGGUUCGCAAGCGCGCCAGAGAUUUACAAGCAAUUUCUUGAGAUCCUGCAAACAUACCAGCGAGAAUCAAAACCUAUCCAGGAUGUUUACGCCCAAGUCACCCAGCUUUUCCACACUGCUCCUGAUCUCCUUGAAGAUUUCAAGCAAUUCCUCCCUGAUUCUGCGUCUCAGAACAAACAGCAAGCACAAGUUGGUCGACCGCCCAUUGAUGAAGCUGCUCCUACUAGCAAUCUGCGAGGCGACGUUCCAUAUCCAGCUACCGGACCACACUCACAGCUUCCUGGCCGUGAUGUGAAGAUGCCGCCCAUGGGACAAUUCAAUGUAAAGGACUCCAAUAAAGAGACCAAAAAGCGUCGCGGUGCUCCAAUCAAUGUGGCUACGAUGGGUGCUUCUGUUGCAGGUCCUUCUGCUGAUGCUGCUAGAAUGGGUGAUUUGCAAGCCAAUCGUGCAGGUAGUGUUCAAGCUGCUGGAAUGGUCAAGAGGGCCAAAACCCACCACAACAAGCCGAUGCCAGCUGAUGGCCCUGCAGUGUCACCAACUCUGGUGCCUGCUCUCCCUGAGCCAAUCCCGCCAACGUUUUCCAUUAUGCCCAACAGUGACGAAUUCGCUUUCUUUGAUCGCGUCAAGAAAUUCAUUGGCAACAAGCAGACCUUUGGCGAGUUUCUGAAACUUUGCAACCUCUACUCCACCGACCUUAUUGAUCGCAAUAUUUUGGUGAAGAGGGCAGCAGGUUUCAUCGGAUCCAAUCCCGAACUGAUGUCUUGGUUCAAACGGUUUGUCCAUAUGGACGAACCAGAAGAUCGCGUUAUCGACUUGAAACCAAAGCAGGAAACUGGUCUAGUCAAUCUUGCUCACUGUCGGUCACUUGGACCCAGCUAUCGUCUGCUUCCUAAGCGCGAACGACAAAAGCCAUGUAGUGGUCGAGAUGAGUUGUGUUACAGUGUUCUCAAUGAUGAGUGGGCUUCUCAUCCAACAUGGGAGUCUGAAGACUCUGGCUUCGUGGCCCAUCGCAAGAACCAGUUCGAGGACGCGCUUCAUCGUAUCGAAGAAGACCGUCAUGACUAUGAUCAUCAUAUUGAGGCCUGCGUGCGGACUAUCCAACUCAUCGAGCCUAUCGUUCAGCAAUUUACUGUCAUGUCUGAAGCGGAGCGUGCUGCCUUUACACUCCCUCCUGGUCUCGGUGGUCAAAGCGAGUCGAUCUACAAGCGAGUCAUCAAAAAGGUGUAUGACCGCCAACGCGGCGAGGUCAUCAUCCAACAAAUGUUUGAACGCCCAUGUCAUGUUCUGCCGGUUCUGCUGUACCGUCUAAAGCAAAAAUGUGAGGAGUGGAAAGCUAGUCAGCGCGAAUGGGACAAGGUCUGGCGCGAACAGAUGCAGAAAUGCUUCUGGCGCAGUUUGGAUCAUCAGGCCAUCACCAACAAGGGCUUGGAUAAAAAAUUGUUCUCGUCCAAGAACAUCCACAACGAAAUUCAAGCGAAGUAUGAAGAAGGCAGAAAUCUUCGCAAGAGCGGCUAUCACAUUCCUGCUCAUCAGUUUGAGUUUGAGUUUUCGGACCCUGCUGUUAUUAUUGAUGCCACCCAGCUGUUGCUCACGUACAUCGAGCGCAAUACGGGUUUUGGCCAUGAUCCACAGCGAGUUGCGGCGUUCAUCAAAGACUUUGUGCCGAUUUUCUUUGGUAUGGAUCGGGACACAUUUCAUAUGUACAUGAAUGAGGUCGCGAGCAGUAAUGAUGAGACGGAUGAUGACGGUAUGGCUGUCGAUGGCGCGUCUACUCCUCAGAGCCGCCGUGCUGCUUCAUCAAAGAAAUUGGACCUUCUUCGUGAUGUUCUUGAGCGUCGCAGUGAUAAGGGGGCUCUCGUCGCAGAUGCUAGUCGAGAUGUGACCCCUGACGCGAUCCUUGUCCCAUCGACUCCGAUUCCAGACCCCACAGAGCCCUUUGAUGUGACUGAGCUGAAAUGGAUGGAACAUCCUAAUCAGGGCAAUUUUAAUCUUCAGCGCGAGUACAACCUGAACCAGUCAUAUGAGAAGAAGGUGCAUCAUUUGUACAGCAACUUGAACGUUUACUGCUUCUUCCGUUCCUUUGAGCUUCUUUACAGCCGAUUGCUUCGGAUAAAACUCAAUGAAAAGCAAGCACAUGAGGAUGUCCGUCGCCAGCUUCUGCCCAAGGCUGCUCGGGAGCUUGGAAUAUUGGAAAAGACUCCUGAUCAGUUAUUCUACGAUGCCAGCCCUACGGCUAAUCUGUAUCAACAGAUCGUUCGUAUGUGUGAGGAGGUUAUUAAGAAUGAUCUCGAGGCAUCGCAUCUUGAAGAGACGCUGCGUCGGUUUUACCUCAAGAGUGGCUACCAGCUGUAUAAUCUCGAGAAGAUUCUGAGUGGCAUUGCUCGGUUUGUCGCUACCAUCUUCAAUGCUGACGUGAAAGAUCGCAGCGCCGAUAUUGUGAAUCUUUUCUUCAAGGAGAGGGAGAGAGAUGAGACUACUCAUAACCAAGAGAUUCAGUAUCGCAAACAGGUUGAGCGAAUGGUCAAGGAUGGCGAUAUUUAUCGUGUUACUUAUAAUCCAACCACGCAAAAGGCGCUCGUACAACUCCUCACGGCAGAAGAUAGCACAUUCGAGAACGAAGAACUAAGCCAAGAAGCUCGCUGGUCAUACUAUGUCUCGGCAUACACCAUGCGCGACCCAACCGAAGGAGUCUCAUUCUCCCAAAUGCGCAUGCCUUUCCUUAAGCGUAACCUUCCCGCCAAACUCGAGCAAGACGAGGAAUAUAACCGCUACUACCGUCGCCUAGUCCAUCAUGACGGCCUCAUCAUCCGCAUCUGCGCGAAUAGUUACCACAUCCUCUACGAACCUGGUAGCUACGACUGGUGGUGGCGCCCCACAGCUUCUAGUCAAGAAGAAUCCGAAGAGAACGUCAAGGAACUAGCAGUCGUUAAAGAGCGACGACGCGAUCGUUUCCGCGAGAAAUUUAUUAAUAAUCCUGCCUGGGCUCAUGGAUUGAGUAAAGAUGAAGUCGAUGCGUCGAAUCAGAAAUUCCGUGCUUGGGUCAAGGAUCCGAAUGUGUCUGAGGAUAUUGAUAUGGAGACUGGCAAGGCUGCUGUAGAUGCCAAGGAUGAGGCUACUAACCCUCCUGCAUCCGAUGAAGUGGCAACUACUACUACUACGGACACAAAAGAGAAUGAAGAAGAUGCUGAUAUGCCAGACGCCGCUGAACCGGAAACCAAGACUGAGGAGGAGUAGUUACUAGUUAUUCUUCUCUAUUUUGGGGAUACAUAUGACAUCUGUGCUAUCGAAUUACUAUGAUUCUCUGAUUUUCUUUAGCUGGUUUGGUGCGGUGAUCUGGCGUUUUUCUGGCGUUCUCAUCUUUUUUUCCAUUUCGCUGGGUGGUGCUACUUCAACACGAACAUACAGCAUUCGUAAACGAGAAACUCUUACAUAUGGGAAGGACGGAACAAUUCGAAAAUUCAGUAAGAAAGUGCUUUUCUUUUCUCUUCUUUUUUUCUUUUAUUAGGGGGCUUGGCUUAUUGGCGAGGGAAUGGAAUGAAUAGGUAUUUGAUCUGGUUUAUUUGCUUUCUGUUCUAGUCCUGUUUUGUUUGUGAUAUUAAGAGAGUGUAUGCAUUACAA